AUGUGGCCAUUCACUAGCUCAACAAACAAAGUCAACGACGAAGAUCUUGAAAAAGUCACAAAGGACCUUCCUGCAGACCUUCAAGAAUUCCUUAUAAAGGAAAACCCAGAAACAAGAAACAUCAAUACUCAUGACCCUACAUUGCCUUACAAAUUCGAAUCAUCUCGAGAUAUCAAAACCGUCGACCGUGUCCUAUCCAUCAAGGCCCAGCAAAUUCAACGCACUCCACGCGAACAACUCGAAUGGGAUGAAUUCCAAGUCAAAAACCAGAUUGACAAAGCGGUAAAGAUCAACUGUUCCGAGAUUGAAGCAGCAAUGAACUCGGAUUUACAAGACACGCCAUUUUGGAAAAUCUUUGCUUCAUUACCUGGGUCAACCCAGAGAGAUACUUUGAAAGACUGUAAAAAGUAUCAGAUGGAUGGAUUAAAGACAUUGUUUUAUCACAAAUGUUAUAGCCAAGCACAAUGUUUGGCGAUUAAAAUGUUUGUUGAUACUGCGUUUGUAAAGAACUUUGGCGAAUUGGGCCAGGAACAAAAAGACCCCGAAAAAGUCGAUCAGUAUUAUCGAGAUUUGAACCAAGCGUUUGAUGUAUUGUGGUCAGAAAAGUAA